AUCGGCGCGCUGGGCCCGGGCGGCGGGGCAUGAGCAGGCCGCCAGCCCGCCGCUGCUAAGAUGGCGUCCAUGCUGCUGCAGACCUGCGGCCGGCGGGCCUGCCGCCUGCCCCGAGCGCUGCGCCGCCAGCCGCAGCUGGGUAACUUGGGAGAUCGGGCAUGUCUCAGCUGCACGUCCCUGAGGCUGGCAAAAAAUAUGACUGUACACUUCAAAUACUGCACUAGUGUCCCUCCUGUUUACGCCUACUCCAAAAAAGAUCGCUACUGUUGUUGGACUAAAGGAUCUGAACAAAUACACUUUGCUCUUAGGAGCUCUUCUGGCUCAUGGACACCACUAGCAACCAUGGGUAUUUUAGGUCCCCAGUAUCUUCCAGUUAGGUGGUGGCAUUCUUCCUGUCCCCUUCGAGAUGACUCCAUAGUAGAAAAGUCACUGAAGUCCUUAAAGGACAAAAACAAGAAGUUGGAAGAAGGCGGUCCUGUAUAUAGUCCUGCAGAAGUGGAAGUUGUGAAAAAAUCUAUUGGACAGAGGAUUGUGGAUGAACUGAAGCACUACUACCAUGGUUUUCGAUUACUGUGGAUUGACACAAAAAUAGCUGCAAGGAUGCUCUGGAGAAUACUUCAUGGAAACACUUUGUCUCGUCGAGAACGGAGACAGUUUCUUCGAAUAUGUGCCGACUUGUUCCGCUUGGUCCCUUUCCUAGUUUUUCUCGUGGUCCCAUUCAUGGAAUUUUUGCUUCCAGUAGCUCUUAAGUUGUUCCCUAAUAUGCUUCCCUCUACAUUUGAGACAAAGUCUAAAAAGGAGGAAAGAUUGAAGAAAGAAUUGAGAGUAAAGCUUGAGUUGGCUAAAUUCCUUCAAGACACCAUUGAGGAGAUGGCCUUAAAAAAUAAGGCGGCCAAAGGAAAUGUUGCAAAAGAUUUUUCAACAUUCUUUCAAAAGAUCAGGGAAACUGGUGAACGACCCAGUAAUGAGGAGAUCUUAAGGUUCUCGAAGCUAUUUGAAGACGAGUUGACUUUGGACAAUCUAACCAGGCCUCAGUUGGUGGCACUUUGUAAAUUGCUGGAACUUCAGUCAAUUGGGACAAAUAACUUUCUCCGCUUCCAGCUGACUAUGAGGUUGAGAAGCAUAAAAGCAGAUGACAAACUUAUUGCUGAAGAAGGAGUUGACAGUCUGACUGUUAAAGAACUGCAGGCAGCUUGUCGUGCCCGAGGUAUGAGAGCUCUUGGUGUGACACAAGAACGUCUCAAGGAACAGCUUAAACAGUGGUUAGAUCUCCACCUGAACCAGGAAAUUCCUACUUCGUUGCUGAUUUUAUCCAGAGCCAUGUAUCUUCCUGAUACCCUUUCUCCAGCUGAUCAGCUCAAAACAACACUUCAGACACUACCAGAGAGUGCUGCCAGAGAGGCUCAAGUCAAAGUGGCAGAAGUUGAAGGUGAAAAAGUAGAUAACAAAGCACGUCUGGAAGCAACGCUUCAGGAGGAGGAAGCCAUCAGAAAAGAAAAUGAAGAAAAAGAAAUGGAAAGAUUGUCUGAAGCUGUAGAGAAAGCCAAAGAAACGCUUCAGGUUGCAGCUGUGAAAGAUGUGGAAUCAGCAGCAGAUCUUGAAGCAGCUACUCUGCAAGUUCAGAAAAGUCAGAUAGCUGUGGAUACUGAACAAGAACUGGCAAAGGCAGAGAUGAUGAUGCACGCAGAGACACUGAAAGAUACAGCACCGGUACUGGAAGGCAUUAAGGGUGAGGAAAUCACUAAGGAAGAGAUUGACAUGCUGAAUGAUGCUUGCGCCAAGCUGCAGGAACAGAAAAAAUCAUUAACAAAGGAAAAAGAGGAGCUUGAGGAAUUGAAGGGUGAUAUCCAGGAAUACAAUGAGGAUUUACAAGAGAUAAAAGAGCUCUCUAAAACUGGCCAGGAAGAGGCAGUGGAAGAGUCAAAGGCAAGCAAGAGAUUGACCAAGAGGGUGAACAGAAUGAUUGGUCAGAUAGACAAAAUUAUCAAUGAAUUAGAGACAGCUCAAAAGACGGUGGAUGUACGACUGCAAGGUGCUGAUGGUCCUCCUGCUGGACUGUGCUUGCUCUACAGGGAGAAUCUCGUCAGUAUUGCUGAGCUAAUUAAUGUGAUGAGGCAAAUUCAGAAGAUUCCAGAGGAGAAGCUGACCAGGAUUGCGGAGACACUAGAUGAAAACAAGGAUGGCAAAAUUGAUAUCAAUAAUGUUGUUAAGGUAGUAGAACUGAUUGACAAAGAAGAUAUUGAUAUUGGCACCGCACAGGUUGCUGAGAUUAUGGCACUGCUUCAGAAAGAAGAAAAACUGGAAGAGAAAGAGAAAGCAAAGGAAAAGCAGGAUAAAGAACCUGUGGAAGUAAAGAAUUAAGCUUCAGAAUCUGAAGCUAACCCCAAAUGUAACCAAAACCUUGUAUAUCUUUCUGUGUCUAAUGGCUAUAUAUUACUUGAGCUUUGUGAUUAUGGGAAAUGUUUUAAGCUGAUCCUAGUAAUAAAUCAUAGAUAUGUUUUCUGACCUAUGGAAUGAAAUUUCCGUUAAUCAGAGAAGUGAUUCACUGUCAUUCCAUACAGAUGAAAACAAAGUACGCUUUUUAGCAGUGCUCCUGCCCACAAAAAUCAUGUAUUUGCACUCAUUGUUGUGGUACAGUGAUCCAUUAAACUUGCAAGUUUGCUGUAUAAAUUAAGUGUAUCUGUCAUGGAAAAAAUGUUUCUCAUUUAGUUUGUUUCAUCGUUACAUGGGGCCCAACCUUGCUCUGCUUCUACCUUUUAGCUUUUUCAGGAUUUAAUACAAACUUCCCCUUCCGUCACAGUAUUGCAUACUUUGUAACCUGUUAAUGAAGAGUCUGUGGCUUCAGUAGCAGCUCUUUAGAUUGAGUUCUGUUAAAAGCUAAAUAUCACUCAGCUGUUGCCUCACUGACAGAGAAUGUGGCAUUCUGAUCACUUCUGUGAAUUCAUGAAUGUUGUUUUCUUUUUUCUGUUGAAGGGGAAAUCAGAUUUCUUUUUCCCUAGAAUGGAAACUUCCCAUGAAGUUUGCUUCUUACGGGUGCCUUAAAUUUCUUAAGACUAGGGAAUAGAGCAUGUCACUUCUGCUCAAAAUUCCAUGAAUUACUUAAGCAUUGGAAUCACAGGAGCCUUUCAGACAAUUCCGGAACAGAAUCUGUCACACAGUAAAGCGAGUUAAAGUGUUUGUCUGAAUAACAAAAUGAAAAUAAUUGUAAGGGGAAAACGUCAGUUGUGAUCUUUUUGAGUAUAUUCUUUUAAAAUGCGUUUAUCUUGGCAUGUGUGCUUGUUUUUCAUCUAAUAAUUAUUUACAUCAGCUCUCUUACCUCUUAGUUUUCAUCUCAGGUAUAAAAUAACUAGCCAGGUAUAGUAAAAGUUCAUAAAUACUUUCAUCUCAUGGCCUCGCUUUCUGUGCAGUCAGCAAGUCAUGUCUGGUAUUGCCAGUGCUCUGAUUACAUCAUUGGCUUUCAAAUCAAUUGGUUAUAGUUACUGUUUUUAACUGUGUGGUUAAAUACUGACAGUAAGUAAAGGUUUACUCAUUAAUGUCUGUCCUUAAUAGUAAAUUUUGACGUUUAAAAUGCCAGUUCUGGGUUGUUCCAUAAUUCCUGGUAGGCUAAAUUUUCCACUCUUCCUUAAAAUCUGUUAUGAAGCACACCCAGUGUGACUUGAACCAGCAGGGUUGUGAUUUGGUUUUCUGUUCUGUUUUUAUUUUGCGCCCAGUAUUUACAAAAUAUAUGACCAGUGUUCAUUUUGUGGACACUGUGGAGAGCACAUCUUACAAUGGCACUGUUCACAGUGAUACUGAGGUGGGCAGUUAGUACUUGGUGCUUUUAGUCAUAGGUGCAUAUAGUCGUAGAAAAUGUUGACUCCCAAGCAUCUUUCAGCAUAAUUCCAUGUUCAAUAUUUCUCUAGAUUGGCUAAAUUAUUUGUAAAAACUUAAUUUGAAGUUAGUGGAACAAAAGGAAGUUUUGACAGUCUCAUGGCUUGCAUGAUGGACCACUGUAUUUAGUUGUUUCCAAAGCGAGAUGUACAGGUCAGU